UCGGUGAAAAGAAAAUGGGAACCACAAGGAGCAUAAUGAAGAUGAUAUUUGCGGUUAUGUUUAUUGGAUGGAUUUUCGUUUGGAUAAUGAUUCCAACAAAGGUAUUCAAGUAUAAUUGGACACCCAAGCUUGCAAAGCACCUCAACACGACCUACUUUGGUCCCCAAGGACUAACAAUUGUGCUCCUUACUGUUCCGAUGAUGUUAAUUGCGGCUUUGAGUUGCGUUUAUCUGCAUAUCCAGAAGAAAUCUACGGACAAUGGAACCGCAAACAGGAGUAAGAUAUGUGAGGUUGUAGGGAAGAUGAGGAGGCCGAUGAUGGUGAUGAAUCCUUUGGGAAUAGUCACAGCGACAGAGUUUACGUUUUCCAUUUUAUUUGUGGCUCUUCUUGUUUGGUCUCUCGGCAAUUACCUCUACAUUAGCUAUAACGUCCAUCUUCACAAUGACGACAAUGCCAAUGAAUAUGGCAGAUGGCAAGCCAAGUUCCGGAGCUUUGGACUAAGGACAGGAUAUGUAGGGCACAUAUGCUGGGCAUUCUUGUUCUUUCCCGUGACAAGAGCUUCUACGAUUCUGCCACUCGUUGGGUUGACGUCGGAGUCGAGCAUCAAGUAUCACAUUUGGCUUGGUCAUCUCUCCAACUUCCUCUUUCUGGUUCACACCGUCGUUUUCUUCAUCUACUGGGGCAUGAUCGAUAAGUUGAUAGAUGCGGUGCAAUGGAACCCUACUUACGUGCCAAAUUUAGCUGGAACUAUAGCAAUGUUGAUCGGAAUCGCAAUGUGGGUGACAAGCUUAGGCUGGUUUAGGCGAAAGAAGUUCGAGCUCUUCUUCUACACUCACCAUCUCUAUGGACUCUACAUAAUCUUCUAUGUGAUCCAUGUCGGAGACUCCUGGUUCUGCAUGAUCUUGCCUAACAUCUUCCUCUUCUUCGUUGAUCGCUAUUUGAGAUUCUUGCAGUCCACAAAAAGAUCUAGGCUUGUCUGUGCACGGCUCUUGCCUUCAGACAGCCUCGAACUUACCUUCUCCAAAUCCCCUGGAUUGCACUAUAACCCGACGAGCAUAUUGUUUGUGCAUGUCCCAAGCAUUUCCAAGCUUCAAUGGCACCCAUUCACAGUAACUUCAAGCAGCAAUUUGGAGAAAGACACAGUAAGUGUUGUCAUCAGGAGACAAGGAAGUUGGACUCAGAAGCUCUUUAAUCAAAUAUCUUCUUCGAUCGAUUCCCUUGAGGUUUCAACCGAGGGACCAUACGGGCCUACGUCCUUUGACUUCUUGAAGCAUGACUCGCUAAUCCUAGUGAGCGGAGGCAGCGGAAUCACGCCAUUCAUUUCAGUUAUCAGAGAAAUCAUCUUCCAGAGCCAAAACCGAAACACCAAACUACCAAACAUUCUUCUCGUUUGCUCCUUUAAACACUACCAAGACCUUGCACUUUUGGACCUAAUAUUCCCAGUCUCAGGCAUAUCAAUCUCCGACAUAUCUAAGUUGAAUCUCCGGAUCGAAGUCUAUGUAACAAGAGAGGAGAAACAGACGAUACCAGCCGAAGAACACAGACUCCUUCAAACAAAAUGGUUCAAACCAAACUCUUUGGAUUCGCCGAUCUCCCCCAUUCUUGGUCCAAACAACUUCCUCUGGCUCGGAGCAGUAAUCGUGUCAUCGUUCGCGAUGUUUCUCUUUUUUACAGCGAUUGUCACUCGCUAUUACAUAUAUCCGGUUGACCAUAACAGCGGAAAGAUCUAUAAUUUCUCUUACAGAGCUCUCUGGGACAUGUUUCUGGGCUGUGUCUGCAUUUUCAUAGCCUCGAGCGCAGUUUUCUUGUGGCGCAAGAAACAGAAUCGAACAGAGGAUCAAGCUGUGAAGCAGAUACAGAGCGUGGAGUUUCAAACGCCCACUUCUUCCCCGGCCUCGUGGUUCUACAGAGCUGAGAGGGAGCUUGAGAGUGUUCCUUAUCAGUCUAUAGUACAAUCUACGAACAUCCACUUCGGCUCCAAGCCCAAUCUCAAGAAGAUUCUGUUUGAAGCAGAGAGUUCGGAAGACGUGGGAGUAAUGGUGUGUGGGCCAAGAAAGAUGAGACAUGAGGUUGCAAGGAUAUGUGCCUCUGGUCUGUCUAAGAGCCUUCACUUCGAAGCAAUCAGCUUUAAUUGGUGA